CUGAACUGGACCUGCAGGCUCCCUGACACUUGCUGGCACAUGCGGGCUACGUGCCAUCUGGCAGGGCCUUUGUCCCCUCCCUGUGAGGCCGUGGAGGUGAAGGGAGAGGAGAGGCUACAUGGCCAGGAGGGGACAUUUACCUGUCCGCCUCUGCAACCCUUCAGUGAAUACAAUGUCACCAUCUCGCUGCCACCCAGCACGAUCCUUUUCACGUGGUUGAUCAGGACAGAGCCAACAGUGCCAGACAAACUGGAGAAGCUGUGGCUGGAUCCCAGCACUGGGUCCCUCAAGUGGAAUGCGCUGCCCUCCUGCAAAGGGGAGAUCAUCGCAUACCAGUUGAACAUCACGACCAGGAGCGCCCAGGACGGCAGCUUCCUGCAGAUGGAGCGGCUGCAGCUGAGCAGCUCCAUCACCGAGCACCUGCUGUCAGUGCACAGCCCUGGUAGCAGCUACGUGGUGACGAUGCGGGGACUCACGGCCGCCGGAGUCGGGGCUGCAUCGCUCUGGGAGUUUCAGACCAGCAGCUCGGCAUCCCAAGGGACGGCCGUGCUCCCCCUGCGCCCCAUCUCCCGUCCGGCUCAGGCAGCAAGGGAGCACCAGCUCAUCGUGGUCACAACACACAACGGCACGGCCCUGGAAGACGCCUGCUCGGGGCAGCCGCGGCCCUUCAACGCCAGCCGGCAGCCCAGAGCCUACAUGGCU